UCUUAGUGUCACUGUAGAUUCAUUGUCUAGUAGCCUCAUAUGUGCUUACUUUAAGUGCUUGAGAGAAACUGUAGCACUAGUUGACUGCCAUUCAGACUGCAGGAUCAUAAAUGGAGCUAGUUCUUGCACAGUAACAAAUCAUCAUUAUUUAUAUCUGUGUUGUGAGGAGAAUGUAAUGUGUAUUAUGUUUCGAAUGCAUGUUUCCUCCAUGUUUACAUAUUCAAUUUCUGUACAUUUGUGUCUCUUAGAAUGAUGGAAGAUUUCUCAAAUGAAGAAAUGCCUCGGAAUCAGCCUUCUGUGAGGCAUUGGCUGCGAUACAUUGAACACAAGAAGGGGAGUCCUAAACACACUGUUAAUGUUAUCUUUGAAAGAGCCCUGAAGGAGUUACCAGGAAGCUAUAAAUUGUGGUACAGUUAUCUUGGUCUUCGAAGGAGACAAAUCAAGGGACGCUGCAUUACGGAUCCCUCAUAUGAAGAUGUAAAUAAUGCGUUUGAGAGGUCAUUGGUUUUCAUGCAUAAGAUGCCAAGAAUUUGGCUUGACUAUUGUCAGUCUGAUAGAUCAGUGCCUUAUAACGAGAACACGACAUGUGUUUGAUCGUGCGCUUCGUGCUCUACCAAUUACUCAACAUCACCAUGUCUGGUCUCUCUAUCUGGAAUUUGUGAAAAUACAUAACAUUCCUGAAACAGCUGUUAGAGUUUUUAGAAGGUACCUUAAGUUAUAUCCGGAAGAUACGGAAGAUUACAUCGAAUAUUUGAUAUCAAUAGGACGAUUGGAUGAAGCAGCAAUGAAACUAGCUUUCAUUGUGAACAAAGAAGAUUUUAUGUCAAAGCAUGGCAAGUCGAAUCAUCAGUUGUGGAGUGAACUUUGUGAGCUAAUUUCAAAGUAUCCUGAUAAAGUAAGGUGAGAAUAUUGCUU